ACGAUUGGCAUGGAAUAUAUUUUAAUGAGAUAGAUUAAAUCGAUCGGACUAAAAGUCAGUUCAAAUCGAAAAAUGAAAGUCAAUCAUUUGAAUAAGUUUUUAUAAAGUUAAAUCGAAAAUUUAGCAAAUUUAGUUUAGCCUAUUUUGAUUCGAUCGUAAUAGUGAAAUCGAUGUGACAAUAAGCAUAUGUGUAUCUAUAUUUCAUUGGCCAAGAGCUUUCGAUUGGACGGAAAUUAAAGCGAGAAAAUUCAUUUUCAAGCAAUCGAUACGUACACAUAGACGCCGUAGGCAGCGUAUUGCAAUGAGCGCGCCAUUUAUUCACAUCGAUUUACACAAGCCUAGCACACGCCGUGUGCCAUAAAUUGUGCAUCGGGACAACAAGUCGUCGGAAAAACUGAACUGUACUACAAUUUGAGAUCAAUUCACGUCGUCAAUAAAAAGAAACUCGCCGUUGCUUCUACUAUUAUAAAUCGGAAGAAGGAUACGAAUUAACGCAAUCAUCGGCAGUGCAGUGAAUUCUAAAUUGAAUUCGUCGAAAAUUGUCACGUUCCAAUAAUUAAGUAAAAUUAAAAAAAAAAAAAAACGAGAUCUAAAACAAACAGAAGGAGAAAAAGAGGAAGAAAAAACUCAAGUUAAAAUGGAGUUCUACAAACAUUUUAAGCUAAAUUCAAUGUUACAGUACAUUACAGUGAUUUUAUUUAUAGCCAGCACAACAGUUAAAUCAGAAUUAACACCAAAUUAUUCCGACAAAGAAAAAAAAGUAGUAUUUUUCGAAGCAAGAGAUAACACUGCGUUGUUUUUAAGCUGCAAACCAUCAUCGACGGCCGAAAAAAUCAAUAUCAAAUGGGAGAAAAAUGGCACAGAUAUCAGCGAAAUACCCAGUUUGAAAGGUCGCUACAAUAUCAAGGAGAACAACCUGAUAAUUCCUGAUACUACCGUUGAUGACGAUGGCAAAUACACUUGCCGAAAUACUAACAACGGUGAAUCAGCCGAUAUCGAAGUUAUCGCCAACGUUUACUUGAAAAACAUACCAGACAAUUGGUCUGUAGUCGAAGGUGAAAAGCUUGAAAUCCACUGCAAAGCAUUCGGAACUAAUCCAGAGAUCACAUGGUUAAUCGGCAAUGAUGCAAACUUCAACCGGUCGCAUGUUACUCUUAAGGACGAUGAAGAUAAUGUUAAAGAUGCGAUACUCAUCAUUAAACACGCUGUUCUCGAAGACCGAAACUGGUACAAUUGCACUGCCAGAAAUCAAGCCACCGGUUUCCAAUACAAACCAGGUCACCAAUAUACAGAAGACAAGGAAGGAACUUAUGUGAGAGUCAAAGGAAAAUUAGCUGCCUUAUGGCCAUUCUUGGGCAUCUGCGCCGAAGUAUUCAUCUUAUGUGCCAUUAUCUUAGUCUACGAAAAACGGCGUAACAAGGAAGGCUUAGACGAAAGUGAUACAGAUCAAAGUCCUGAACAAGAAAAACUCAAAACCGGCAAAUAACUUAAGUGAAUCGUAAAAACACUUUUGAUCUUAUUCAUGUUAUGAUUUAACGAAUGAUUUUUUGAGGCAGGAAACUUAACAGUUACAGUGGAAAACCAGAAGAGAAGAUGAAGAACAAUUAGUGAACGAUACCAACAACCAUAAUUGGAUGAGCCACCAGAAUGAAAAAAAAAGAAGAAAGAAAAUUAAGUAAUACACGCAUAAAACGAUGGUCUAAACCGAAUUUUUGUUUUCAAAUAAAUGUAGGAGAGAAUUUAGAGAAAAAAAAAGAAAUUACAGCCCAUCAAAGUUGUUCACUUUUGAAUCCUCGCUAACUCGACACACGAAGAAGAAAUAAAACCAAUUUGCUGAAAAGUGUUCUCUUUCUUUCUGAUCAACAACAACAACAACAAAUAAAACAUGCUAGAAUUAAUUUGCGACAUUUAUUUUAAGUGAAAAAAAAAACAAACAAAAGUUUUUUUUUCGGCAUGAACCACUUAUUAACUAACAUUAUAAAACACACACACCAAAAAUAAAGAAAAAAAACAACAGAAUUUAAAGAUACAAAACAACAACACUCAACAUCGCCGCCAUAUUCAACAGUAACUAAAUAAAGAUGAGAAUAUAAAAAAAAACAACAAAUUAACACUAGAUUUAACAAUUUUAUUCGAAAAUCGCACCAAAUUUCAACAAAUCUAAGUAUUUAUAGUGAAACGUAAUUAAAGAAAAAAAAACAUGAUGCAAAAAUACACAAAAAAGGGAGAUUAAUUAUAAACAGAUUUAUAUAGCAACAACUAUAUGAUAGAAGACAUGAAACCAAUUGAAAGAAAUAAACAACAAAAAAAUGCAACUUAUCCAAGUCAAACUAAACGUUAAAACCAACAACAAUUCGAAACAUUAAAAUUUGAGCCACAAAAUCUAAAAGAAAUGAAUAUUUGUUUUCGGUAGUAAUGUUUACCAUUAUUAUAAUGAUGAUGAUUAUGAUUAUUAAAUUAUAUUAAUAAAAUUAAGUUUGAACAGUUGUAUUUUAUUGAAAAUAAAAACCAACAAAAAUAAAAACUUAAAAAAAUCCACUAAAA